CGCGUCCAGCUGCAAUGUUUAAUGUUCCGCUGACUAUGCGACUAGCCGUGCGUCCCAACUCGCUCGCGACGACCAGUUCGCCGUUGACGAGCGCCAAGUGCGCACCCGCGAUAAUGCCUCCUCUCGGUCCCGAAUUGUCGUGGUCCCCGCUUGUUUUCUUUCAUUUCUUCCAUUCACGAUAAGCUUUCGGCGAGACGAGUUCCGGCAGUCCGCUUUACGAUUUCCAGCUCGUCAAGUGAAAUUUUUUCAGUCGCAAUGUGCUUUGACUCCUCGAAGUAGACAUGGUCUGUCCUUAAGAAGCGAUAGAUCACGGACAAAAUUGUAAAAAAUUGACUGUAAAAAAAUUUUUUAUGUAUUAGCAGAAGAAAAUAAGAAAAUAUGUGAACUUGCGACAUAAUUACGAGAUAACAGAAAAAUUCGACAUACUCGACUGAACAUUGUUAAUUUUCUGGAAACUGUGAUGUUCACAAAACUGUGAUUUUAAGUUUAACACACACACACACACAUAUUUAUUAAUUUGAUAUAUCCAAUAUUAAAGGUUUGAAAAAUUCUUCAAUGGAUUCUGUGAUUAAUAAGUGAUAUGAUGUACAUUUAGUGAUACUUCAUGUUAAUUUUACAAGUUGGAGCUAUAUGGAUCACGUGAAAAAAUAAAAUCCAAGGAGACAAUCAAUAUCAUUCAUCAUUAAUAUUAUUUUUGAUAAGUAUAAAUGUUUAUGAAAGAAAGUGUUUCUAAAUAAGAGUAAACAAAACUCCAUUGAAAAAUUGUUAAUAAUGCAAGGAAAUUGUUACGUCAAUCGAUCAUCAUCACUAACGAAGAUUUUCAAUUAACUUUUUAUUAUACACAUAUUUCGAGGCCUAGCCAACUGGCAAAUUCCAUAACCGGAAAGGACAUCAGUUUUUCUAAGUCAACGCGACAACGCGCGGAUGCGGAAACGGUUUUCCCUUCGAUGACGUGAAAUUUGAGUUCUUGGAAGCUUACAAAUUUUUACCGCGAGUUGAAGUGGAUUACUUGGAGGAUCCUAGACCUAUGUCGCUGAAGAUGGCUGAAUAGUGCGGCCGAAACGUUCAACAUAUAAUUAAAGUUCGACGGGCGAAAACUUUUGGAAGUAUGAAUGACAACGUGCUCGCGAGCACGUCGUUCUCGAGAAGAAAUUGGCACGGUGCUCCUGAAUGGAUAAAAGAUGACGGUCUCUUAUCAGUACGAGGUCGCCAGUUCCACCAGCGGUGGAUUCACCAGGCUUCUGUUUAUGUGGCGCGGUUCCCUCUACAAGCUCAUCUACAGGGAACUGGUGCUUUAUCUGUUUUUCUUCGGCACUUUGUCUGCGCUAUAUCGGCACGUUUUCACUGCUACGCAAAAAAAAGAAUUCGAGAAAAUUGUUGUCUACUGCGAUAAAUUAAUCGCAUUGAUUCCGCUGAGUUUCGUGCUCGGGUUUUACGUGUCUUAUGUGGCGCAGAGAUGGUGGAAGCAAUACAAGGCGAUACCGUGGCCCGACAAAGUGAUGCAUCUCGUCGCACUCUACAUCACUGGAAACGACGAGUACAGCCGAAUGCUUCGUAGGGCCCUAAUGCGUUACUUGAAUCUCUCCCUAAUACUCGUCCUACGUUCCAUCAGCUCAGCGGUGAAGAGACGAUUUCCCACUCUCGAUCAUGUGGUUGAAUCCGGCUUCAUGACCGCAUUGGAGCUCGAAUUGUACCAGUCGGUGCCGAGUGUCGAGUUUAACACCUAUUGGAUACCAUGUACGUGGUUCAUUAAUCUUCUCAAGGAGGCACGCAAGAACCACAGACUGCCCGACGCGCAGGGUUUAAAGCUAAUUAUGGAGGAGUUCAACGAAUUUCGAACCAAGUGCGGCCUUUUAUGGAGCUACGAUUGGGUGUCGAUUCCUUUGGUAUACACUCAGGUGGUGACACUCGCCACUUAUAGUUUCUUCGGGGUCGCCCUGAUCGGCCGACAGUGCAUCGACAAUAACGACAAGCAUCUGCAACUGAUGGUAGAUAAAUAUGUACCUAUCUUUACGAUUCUGCAGUUUUUCUUCUUUAUGGGAUUGCUAAAGGUAGCCGAACAACUGAUAAAUCCCUUUGGCGACGACGACGAAGACUUUGAGCUGAACUGGCUGAUCGAUCGUCACACCAAGGUAUCGUAUCUCGGUGUGGACACGCUGCUGAAUCGGUGUCCACCGCUCGUCAAGGAUAUUUUCUACGACGCGGAGAAUGUGAGUUUGCCGUACACGGAAGCAGCCGCAGCGUACAAGAAGGAGACCUAUCGCGGUAGCGUGGCGAACAUGACAGUGCCCGAGGAGAAACAGAUGAUGUUCUUACCCGGCAUUUUGGAGGAAGAGGAGGAGUGCAAGGGUACUCCGACACCUCGCACUUCUACUGCAAGUUUGGGGAAUCCGAAUGACAGCCCUGUGAACGAAAGGCGCCAGAUCAGCGGGUCCCAUCCAACACUUGCGAAGAUGGCUAGCAAUUGUUCCGAAACGGUUGUACAGAUGGAUGGUCAGGAGCACCCGGUCGAAACGGAGCAGCGGCGCAUCAUAGUCGAGGCCGUCAAGAAGUUCUCCUCCCUGGCGAAGGGUUCGAGGUCCCGGGCUGAUUUCCACAAGUCCUUCUUUCCGGUUACAAAGUCGUCUCGACCGGUGCUGCACCCUUGGCCGAGUACGGCCAACAUCUCGCGUCCAGUUCAAUCCUCGAUCCCGAUGCCGGUCCUCGAGGGAGGCUCUGGGAAGGAACGGAAGGACUCGUUCAAGGGCCUGUAUCGCCAAUCCUCCACGGAGGACUCCGAUGGACGACCCAGCGUCUCGUCGCAGGGUGAGAGGCACCAGGAGGGUAUCGUAAACUCGGCGUUCAGCGGCGAGAGACCGGAUGAAGUACCGGAUAUCUACGACUGCGAGGAAGUGGAGGAAGAGGACGAAGAGUCCGAUCCUUCGUACCAGUGUCAAUACGGACAGCGAGACUCUCGCCAUCAGUUGCCAAUCCCAGAGACGAUCGGCAUGCCUGUGAUCGGUGGCGAAGCGAGUCGUCCGAGAUUAAACAGUUAUUCGAGAUAUCUAAUGACCAGAAGAAAUCGAUUGAGUCCACUUCGGCGACACCAGGAGGAGAAAUCGCAAUGGCGAUUGAGAGUACCUGGAAAACCCUUCCGCAGAAGGACCACUGAUAGCAUACCCUCUGUGGAUACGAUUCUGAGCCAGACCAGGAGCUCGCCGAACCUGAGGAACUUGGAGGAACAGGCGAAGGCUACGAGGAGCCUGAAGAUUGAUCACUCUUGCAAGCAGGAAGAUGAUUCCCAGUUGUGAUGAUGUAUCGGUUUUCAGUCGUCUCGGCGUAGGUGGGUCUUUCAAUUUCGCGUGACGACGAAAAUGGAAAAGAAAAAUUCUGUUAGAUUCUGUUGGUUCCUUUCGUGAGUUCUUCAGAGUUCUUUUUCGCGAGAGUUGGACUAUGUUACGUUCCUGUCGUAUUUCUUCCGCGCGUCAUUAGGGAAUGUAUUGUGACGUCCUUUUGUACUUUUACGAAACGAUUCUAGUUUGUUAAAGAUUGAUAGCAUUAAAAAGACUAUAGAAAACCACGUUUUUGCCGAAGCGAUAGCGAUUAUCUGAUAAUAUAUGGAAAUAUUCUUCAUAGUGAUAUAAAACUAUUUUGCCUACAUUUCGCACUGUUAAUAUUUAAGAAAUAUAAGCGUUUAUCUGUACUUAUGUAAAUAUUGUAAAUAUAGUAGAAUAUAUUGUUCUAAUACAUCAUAAACGAUCACAAAUAAAUCAAUCAUUUGAAUAA